AAGCAAGUUUCAGUUGAAUGGUAUUAUUACGCCUGAAAACAUCAGCCCAAAUUGGCUCUCUUCAAAACAUUGAAACCAAGCAAGAAUUCUUCUAAGUUUUAACACUUUGCUUUGUGUUUAUUGAAAUCAUUAUCCUGUGAAAGGACAUUAAAUAUAAUACAAAAGACAAAAAAAAACAGUUGUAUAAUUUUACAUACAUACAUACGUAGAUAAAUACACAUAAAUUGUACAACAGUGUUGUUUGUGUUUAACAAAUUUGAUCUAAUGAACAGUUUUGCAUUCAUUCAUAAAAUUUUGAUACAAACAUUCAAAUAUUCGUUUAGUUAAUAACGAAAAAUUAAAAAUUGAAAUAAAAUAAAUAAUAAUAAAAAGUAUUAAGUGUAAACGUAUACAUACAUAUUUAUAUUGUUAUAAGAGAAGUGUAAAAGAAAUUUGUGUGCAAAAUGCCGGUUGAACUUUGCAGUCGUCCUCAAUUUACACUCGAGCCUGAAUCCAGCUCUGUAGCCGCAUCGACCGCAGAUACCUCGUCGCUACCACCCAGAGAGAAACCACGCAACAUGAACAAACUCUGUCGUCAAGUGUCAAUUGAAUCACCCGGUCCGGUGGUGAAAAAUUGUGUCUUCAACUUUUUCGUACCCAUCGAAGAUACACCACCAUUGGGCGCACGCAUUAAGAUCGUUUAUGCCGGUGCAUGUUUCCGACGUCGCGAUCGUUCCGCGUCCAUUACCAGCAUCAUGUCGUCCGUUUCAUCAGAUCUUAGCGAUUAUUGUCCGACAUUGCCCGCCCAAUCGUCACCUGCACAUCAGAUGCGUGAGAAUCCCACACAUCAAGGCAUACGUGAGGGUUCCAUUUAUGCCGGCUAUGAGGUAGCCGGUGUUAUUGAGUCUUUGGGCUCGGACAUCACAGAUGCCAAUAACUAUGGCCUACGUAUUGGUCAACGUGUUGUCGUCUAUCCAUUCGAUGAAGCACCAGCUGGCUAUGCCGAAUUAAUGGUUGUACCCGAUCUCAAAUAUAUUGUACCGAUUCCAGAUAAUUUACCAUUAAGUGUUGGUGCUCUUUUGCCAACUGGUGCACUGCUGGCAAUGAAUGCUGUCUUCAAGGCAUACGAAGUCAUAACAGAAAUGUCAAAGAAACGCCCAGCAGAGGAGGCAAAUAAGAAAUUUAAAAUUCUUAUUGUCGGCACUGGCGGUUUGGCGUUGUGGGCUGUACGCAUAGCUGCACAUCAUUUUGCAUCGACUGGCGCCAAUAAUUAUGUUGAUGUGACCGUAGCCAGUCUGCGGGAUGAGGGUUUCCGUUUGGCCACAGAGAUUGAAAAUGUUAGCGUUGUACAGUGGAAUGAAUGUCUUUACGAGCCACAACUGAUUGAACGCACCAAAGAUGUGUGCGGCGGUCCGGUUGAUGUGGUCAUUGACUUUGGCACAACCUCACGCAGCUUGCAUCGUUCCAUGCAUUGCCUCACCAAGGGUGGCGUUGUUCUGAUGAGUGAAGAUAUUGCCGAGAAAUUGAUGCCUAAAUUUUCACGUUUGUCUAUCGAAUAUCAACAGGAGAUUAUUCCCAUUUCAAAUGGCACCGUGGAGCAGCUGCAUGAACUUGUGCAAUUAGUCGCCAAUAAAACGAUCGAACCAAUACCGCAUUCGGUGUUUCCCUGCGAACAAGCCACAGAGGUCGUACAGAAAUUGUGCAAUUCGGAAAUACCCGGACGUGCUCUACUGAAAUUUCACGAUAUUGCAUAAAUUGAGUAAGCCGACGGACAAGACAUAACGGCAACAAGCGCUAUAGCGGUAUUAUACAAAAACUACAGACAUACAUACUAUGUGCAUCCUUAUUUCGUAACUCACCACUCACGAAUUAGAACAGCAAAUGGCGCGUGUAAUCCUGCUACGGCUGCAACAAAAAAAUAAAACUUAUUGUUUAAAUAUUUAUUAACAACACCAACAACAAAAGGAUAAUAAUGAGGGUCUUACGAUUUUAAAUGAAAAAAAAAAAACAUAAGAAAAAAAAUUUGAAUAAAAAGAUGUUGUAAUAUGUAGCUUUGGUCGUCAGGAAGUGGAGUAUUUUUCGUGUAUAUUUGGCAGAAGAAGAACUGGAAAAAGUGAAGCUGAAUUUUUUGGUUUUCAAUUUUAUUUUUUUAAUUUUUGUUGACAUUAAAAAAUAUUGUUUUAACAACUAUAUUGAAAUUGUUGAAUUUAAUUUACGCUUUCAACGACCAAUGCAAUAUAAAUAGGUUUAUGUAUGUAUGUAUGUAUGUGCGAACGAUCACAUUUAUGUAUAGUUUAGAAGUUGUAAUUAAUCGAUAAAAAAAAAAUUAAAUAUCAUCACAAUAUUUGCGAU